AUGAUGGACAACAGUACAGUAACAGGUCUAGAAAUGGUACAUCAAGAUAUGUAUAAUAAUGACACUGUCAUGCCUGAAUUGGAGGGAAUUUGGCGUCGAACCAGCGAUCCGAACGAAAUCGAGGCUUUGUUUCAGAUGCUGAAGAGUGAGUUGAUAGAAAGUGAAGGAGAGAACCAGUCAAUGAACAAUUGUAUACACAGAGAUCAGUUGUCGUAUCUGAAUUCCGAUCAAACAAGCGAUGAUCUCCUGGAGGAAAUAUUCGGAUUUGAGUCACAGACAAAUGACUGUGUGUUUCAGAACGAGGCCGAGGAGGAGAACCAGACCAUACUAUGGGACUUCGAUUGUAGUGUGUUCGAAAGUAAAGCUACUGUGGAUGAAAACAGUAAUUAUGAAUCCUCUGCAGACACUCAAUUUCAAGAAACUACCCAAAUAUAGAA